CAAAUAAUUUAUGUUCUCUAUUUUAUAAUUGUAGAGUUUUAUCAAAAGACUGUAAGUCGUAAUGGCAUUUUUCUUAGAACGUGGCUCAACCUACAAUAUGUAGUUUUCUAGCCUGUGAAAUAUAGUUGAUCCGGUGGUAUGUAUUUCCUUGUACAUCAAUAUAUGAAUUGCAAGUGAUUCCAUGGCAUUUGAUUGGCUAAUCAAGCAAUAUUGAUUGCGUUUAUGUUUCCAUAAAUCGAAUAACGUAGGCCACGCCCACUAGCGGGCUACUGCUUUCUGAUUGGCUUAUACAAGAUUGGGCGGGGUUUGUGUUGCAUUAUUGCGCUGCACGAUGUCACUGAUUUCUUAUCAUUGUCUACAAUUCUGUGUGUUCAUGAUUAAAUAAGUAGUGUGUUAAGUUAUCAUUAUUGAUUAAUUUAUUUAUUAAAACUUUAACCUAUUUUCUUUUUGCGUUUUUUUAAGGGAACAAACGUAGACUCCGGUGGGCACAUUUUGCGUAAAACUGGUACGCGGUGUUACAGAGUGUGAACACCGGAUUUUACGUUUGUAUCUCCAUAAACGCAAGAAAAAUAGUUUAAAGUCAAUUGUUAACUAUGUCUAUGAUUUUGUACGCGAAGCCCUAUCAAAUACUCAGGUUGUACGUUUCCCAUAAGUCUAUCCUAGAAAUUCAUCUUGAUAUCGACAUUUUUAUCGCGACAUAUAUAUCUUCAAAUUAUAACAAAUAUACUCGAAGAACUUCAUACCAGUGAAGGAUUCUGUCAGAUAUACCGUAUAUAUGUUACAGUCAAUGUCUAUAAUCAGGCAACACGUAUAUUGACUGAUUUACUCGGGCAAUGCACAUAUUGCCUGAAAAAUACGACAGAUUGACUUAAAUGAAUUAGACUCCUUAAUUUAAUCUCAUUUUAAUUUUGAUCUAUUUUGAUGGAUUUGAUGGGUUUCACAACUACGGUAAUACAAUUUGAGUCAAUAUACAUGUUGCUUUAAAAUAGACAUUGACUGUAACAUGUAUAUGCAUACUGACCUGAAGAUGACCUGGUGACAGACGUGAUAACAUGGCAAGUCUAUGAUUACGAGAGUGGUUUCUACUCUUUAUAAUCAAAGCAUGCUUCUCUGAUCACAUGCCUCAUGUCUUCAUGAUUUAUUCAUGCUAGACAAGAUCGUAUUCGCCAUCACACACUGUACGACCCUCUAUGUAUAAUAGAGAGAGCUGGACAGAAAGCUAACUGUAAACUUGGACACUGGCCUCCCUAUCCCGAUAAUGGCUGAUAGAAAUCUGUCCCUGGUUCUCUAUGGCAAACAAGAUCUACAACUGAAGGAUCGUCCUAUUCCUGAACCAGGACUCGGAGAAGUGCAAAUCUGCAUCCACGAUGUAGGUAUAUGUGGUUCUGAUGUCAGCUACUGGCAAAACGGUUGUAUUGGCGACUCAGUGGUCAGGACACCAAUGGUCAUGGGACACGAACCCAGCGGAGUCGUUUCCAAAGUCGGGAACGGCGUGGAAUCUCUUAAAGUUGGUGACCGGGUGGCCAUAAAGCCGGGUGUCCCGUGUCGCACGUGUGGGCUGUGUAAGACAGGCCGCUACAACCUGUGUGGGAAGAUGAAGUACUGUGCCACACCACCCGACCACGGUACACUCUCCAGGUACUUCGUCCAUGCUGCAGAUUUCUGCUUCAAACUUCCAGACAACGUGAGCAUGGAGGAGGGAGCCAUGUUGCAGCCUCUGGCUGUUGCUGUCCACGCCUGUAACCGUGUCAACGUCUACCUGGGAGCCACAGUGCUCGUGUGUGGAGCAGGUCCUGUUGGCCUUCUCUGUAUGUUAACGGCACGUGCACGGGGAGCAUCCAAAAUAUUAAUAACAGAUAUCAAUGAAGACAGACUGAAAUAUGCAAAGAGGGUGGGCACUGACCACAUUGUUCUGGCGGGAGACCCACAACAAACAGCACGUACCAUCCAGGAUUCACUUGGAGGUGCUGCUGAUGUUACCAUCGAGUGAAGUGGCGCGCCGUCAAGCGUCACCACAGCCAUAUAUGCCACGGCAACAGGAGGAAGGAUUGUUCUUGUUGGACUGGGCCCAGCAGAGCUACAGCUGCCACUGAUCAGCGCCCAGUGUAGAGAGGUCGACAUCCUGGGAAUGGUUACAUUAGCCAACACGUACCCUGCAGCUCUGGCCAUGGUGGCCGGUCGUCAGGUGGACGUGAAGCAGCUUAUCACUCACCGAUACAGGCUGGAGGAAGCGCUUGACGCCUACGAAGCAGCGAGACGCAGAAAGGGGGUUAAGAUCAUCAUCAACUGUCAGAGAAAGUGACGCAACCAUACACUGUGUCAGGUGUCUUUCAAAGUCAUUAUUUCCAAUCAGGAAUCCGCUACUGUACCCAGCAUCUUGCUCAUGUUGUACAAUAGUAGUCCAUAUGAAAACGUAAACGAAUUACUCAGUGGUCAAAUCCGAAUAUUUUUUUUAUGUAUCCUGAGGGAGUAUGGGUAUACGCUGCUUUUAGCAAUAUUCCAGCAAUAUCACGACGGGGGAUACCAGAAAUUGGCUUAACACAUUAUACCUAGGUGGGGAAUCGAACCCGGGCCUUCGGCGUGACGAGCGAACGCUUUAACCACUAGAUUACCCCACCGCACCCUAUGCAUUGUCAUAGUGCAAACACUUGCUUAAUAAUUCAUAUGAAAAUAUAAAAAUAACAUAUCACAUAAAUGGCAGUAACACACGUAGGUUGUAAAGAUAUGCCGCGAGACUCAAUUUAGACAAUAGAUGCCAGCUUGCAUUACAGUUCCCGGCUGCGUGUCACUUCCAGAUUGACACGCUGACCAAUAACGGUAAUCCCUAUACAGUAGUAGUAAGUAGUAAAAUGUUUAUUAAAGUGUCACACGCACAAAAUGUACAAAAAAAUCGAUGCACAUAAAACAAAAGGUGUGUAUUGAAUGCAUCCAGCCAGACAUUGGCUAUAUACAAUAUAAACAAAAUACACGUAUAUGCAUAAUAUAUAUAAUGUGAGAGGUGGAAAAUUUAGCUACGAAAUGAAAAGACACACAGGAAACAAUAACAAACUCCUCGAUUCAACAAAGAAAGAAAAAGAAAGGGUAGAUAGAGAGAGAGGAAAUUUAAUAAUCAUGGCGACAACUCUCGUCUUUUAAACAUUA